CCCAAGAGGUCCAGUAAGAGCCAUCCCUCCUAUGCUUUGAUUGACAUUGUCCAAAUUUUUCUUUUACAGAGAGGACGAUGUGCUUACGCGAUCUUAAUCAUGGCUGUCUACUGGAUAACAGAAGUGUGUCCACUGGCAGUCACAUCGUUGUUACCAUUAAUUCUGUUUCCAUUUUUGGGCGUGGUCGAAGCGAAGCAAAUAAGCCCGCCAUAUUUUAGCGACACAAAUAUCCUAUUCAUGGGUGGUCUGCUGGUUGCAGUGGCCGUGGAGUACUGGAACUUACACAAGAGAAUUGCUUUGUUUGUCUUACUUAAACUUGGAGUCCAGCCCAGAAGGUCAGACGGCCAUUUUUAACUCAGACGGCUAAAGGCAGCAAGCUUUUUAUGUACUGUUUAAUAAACGAGUAGGAGUGUUUUAUCGGAUAUGAAGAUACGAGGCGAAGCCGAGUAUCUUUACGUCUGAUAAAACACGCACUGCGAAUGUUUUAAAUUGCUUCAAAAACGAUCGAUCUAGUAAGUUCAUUGGCGAAGUAAUUUUCAAAAAAUACGUUGUCUAAGUCGAGAAAAUCAAAGUUAAAGUUUAUGUAAAUCAAGGGAAAUCUCUAUCACAUGUAAAGAUACGACAUGCUUAUGAUUUUUCUUUGUGUUUUCCUCAUGAAUUAUUAAUGAGUUUUUGAAGGUCACGAUUUUUUAUCGAAAUAGAAUUUUGUGAUUGACAAAGUUUAAGGUUUUACUCCAAAAGAGCAGUGAAAGCAAUUUGCCAAAAGAAUUUGUCUGGAUAUGAAUAAAAUGAUCAGAAGUUCCUGAGCCAAGCCUACGACAAGAUCAAUAUACUUCAUCAGGUAUCCAGUAUAUUAUCAUGGGGUGGUGCAUGAGGGAGCCUUACUGCCCACUCUCCUCUGCAGUCUGCAACGCUACUAUCCCAACAUUACCAUUAUUUGAGAUGAUCGAAUCUGCAUGUUCACCGUUCUGUUUGUAUUACAUUAUCUUUUGUGUUUAUAAAGUUUAUAUCGGCUUUUUAUCACGUAUGCGUGACUGGACAGUUGCUGUAGCACAGUGCAGUAAACUUGCUUGUUAAAGUACAGUAUAUUUUGAAAAAAAGGCUGUAUAACAAUCUUGACAUGUUUACGUAUGUUGGUGGGCUAGUAUUCCAAAGGUCGUAGGUUCGAUUCCCACCAUGGUCAGGCAUAUUUUUCAAGCUUGCCCGGUGUGGAAAUACACUCAGCGUAACAUCACAAGCAUGUUUACGUACUAUUUAACAACGGUAUUAAACUAAAGCAUUCUGAGUAUCUUCUCGUGAGCUCACAAAUCAAUUAAACCGUUUCAAGAAAUCGACACUCGCUGACAGCAGAAGCUCUGCUAAUCGCUAUUCGAACAGCACAAAAUGUAUGGUCAAGCCGACAUGCACUUUGUGACAAACCGUUUCUGUAUACGAAACUGCCCAAUAUUCUGUUACUUACCAAACAUAUACGGUAUAUCUUUAAAUUUACGCCCGUAGGUUGCUAUUCGGUUUCAUGUCCGUCACAGCGUUUUUAUCGAUGUGGCUGAGCAAUACAGCCACGACAGCUAUGAUGUUUCCAAUUGCCCAAGCAGUUUUACAAGAACUGAGAGAGGGCACUAAGAAUGUGGACAAAAACGGCGUGGUUAAUAACGGUACAGCGUUUGAAAUGGACAAGGAAGCCAAUCAUACGAAAGAAGAAGCUAGUUCUACAGAGAAAAUGGACUCAGUUGACAGCAUAGAAAAGUCCGAUGUAGGGAUUGUAAGGUAUGAGUCAAAGUCUUCUAAAUGCAGAGCGUAAUUAUUUUGUUCAAGAUAAAGUAGCUUAAAUAAUUUUUAAGAUUUUGUUAGUAACUUGUUUUGAACAUCUUUUAAGUGGUUUGGGAUAGAGUUAGAUAACAUUGCCCCCUAUACUAGAAGUUACUAUCGCAAGGAAAAUGCUGCCUCACUCCCAAGGGAUAAAAAAAGGCAGCAUGCGCAAUUUGCUGAAUAACGGGCUGUUUUUAUGAUCCCGCUUUGCCAAGACCCCCUAUAUAAGGUAUCUUUGAUUUCCCAAACUCAGCGGUAACUUUGUGAACUUUUAGAUCCUUAAUCGAUGAUCUUGUUGGGACAUUAUGUGUGUCUUUAACAAAUUCAAAGUUUGCAGGAGCUUUGUUUUUCAGUAAUUUACAAAAGGAUACCAUUCAGUUGUCACACAUGUCCUUUACCACUUCUGUGACAUGAGUUUGAUAACUGCUUGUGCAAUUUUCUGCAGUCUAAAGUUUCAUGUUGUCUGCACAUGUACUUUCUUCGGAGACACCAUUUGCCUCCUGACAAAUCGAAAAAUGAUCAAGAUAGUGACUCUGAUCGAUUUACAUAUUGUAUUGACAUAUUACUGUUGACAUUGCUUUUUAGCCUUCAAUAUUUGAGUGAGUCAUGCUUUGGAAAUUACUAUAAAUUUCUAUUACCCAACCCUUGAGUUGUUUUGUUUUUCAUUUCCCCAACCUUUUACUCACUCAAAAUUCUGUUUACCCAACCCUUUUCUCUUCGGGGCCACCCCGCGACAUAAAUAAUGACCUCUCCCUAAAAAUGUUUUACAGAAAAAUAUAAAACAUUUACUAGCCCCAAAACAGUUAUUCUUUAUUACACUUGAUUUCACCCUCUACUUUUUUUCUUUUAUAGGAUUGAAGUAAAUAAGGUAGGUAACACUAAAGUAAUAUUUGAAAUCCGACUAGAUUUCAAGUGCGCGCAAUUUGAUCAAGUCCGAGACGAAGCCGAGGACUGGGUCAAGGUGGGAGGACUUGAAAUAUAGUCCAGUGAAGGGUCUUAGCUAGGAUUUUAGAUCUUGGGCGUGUUUCUAAAUGACCUGGGUGUGCGUAUUUCUAGUUAUGCUCGCCAACAACAGACAAUGCCUAUGGUUGUUGUAGGCUUUGCAACCAAAUACAAGGCUACGCUCACAUUGCGUACUGACAUUAAAAUAUUAAGUUUUUUCAGCAACUCUUGGGGGUAUUUAAAACCAUUUUAUAUAAUACCAUAUGGUUCCCAUUAUCCAUCAAAACAUUAAAACAUCACAGAUCACUUUUUCCAAUUUCAUCAAUUACAGUAGAUUUUAGAAACUUUCUUACAACGAAAAUGGGAAGAAAUUCUGUCUGUUGUAAGCAGUAACACCUUAUUUUAUGAACCUACACGGCCUUAUUUAAUUAAUGAAGCCGCGUUCAUUUUAUCUAGCCGUGUUUUUCUAUUUUUGGCCGCGAUAACACGGCCAACACGGCCCUCUAGCUAAGACCCUGGUCCAGUCCGAAUUGGAGGAUUUGAAAUGACAUCUCGUACGAAUAAAUCACUACUUAAAGCAUGGAUAAUAAAAUAAAUGGAUAGGAAACUAGCUGACGUGACCUAAUGUUUUCAAUGGGCUGAUGGCGUGAUUGGAUGUUGAAACCUAGUUGUAAACCAAAUUCUCAAAAACGGCAUGUUUAGCAAUAAUACAGCUAAACAUUUUAGUCAAAGAGCAAGUGAAUAUAACUACGCCAUUCUACGAUGAAACCUCUAAGUAUUCCCAGUCAAUUUUAGCAAAUAUUUCAAGCACUAAACAGUGAAAAAGGCAUCCCAAAUUUCGUUAAAAUUGGGGACGCCAAUUUCGUAGCUACAAAUGUAAAAAAAUACAAAACAAAGACGAAAAACAUUUACCUUGAAUACUUUGUCGUGGCUUAGGCAUGUUUUUAAAACAAUUAGACCGGUUUAUGCUUCAAUAUUGCUCUUUUAAGGCGGAAACUAUAGCGAAACAACAAAAAUGCAGAGAACUUUGCAAUACGCGUCACGUCACAGAUUGCAACUAGGUUGUUUUUGCUUACGUCAGCGAGAGUCCUAUCCAUUUAUUUUAUUAUCCAUGCUUAAAGUGAAGUGAAUUAAUUUUGAUCCAGUCCUAGGACUGAAUCAAUAUACUUCACUAGGUAUCCAGUAUUAUAAAAUAACAUUAAUAUAACGCGUGCUCUGAUUGGUCGAAACCCGUGUUAGGAUCAGGCCAUCCAAUCACGGAAAUUUAAAGUGAAAAUUUUUUAAAGUGAAAUUUUAACACGGAAAGUUGUUAUUUUAUAAAACAAGUUAAGAAAAGCGCGAGUUAAGAAAAGUGCGCAAAAUCACUCGCCUUCGGCUCGUGUCCGCACGCACGCAUGCUUUUCUUAACUCUCGCAACAUUCCCGCGUGCUUGAUCAGGCCAUCCAAACACGGAAACCAUAAAGUAAUUGUAUAUUAUCAUGUGAGCAAAAUAAAGCAAUAUGGUUGGCUAAUUGACUCAUGAAUUACUGAUUAAUGAGUUCGAGAUUUAUGAUUAUAUCAUCACCAGAAUUAGCGACAAUAUGGCCACCGCACACGCAUACCCCCGCUCUGCGAUUCCGGUGCAGUGUUAUAAUCAACUAUAUGGUUGUAUUUUUGGAUGUAUUCAUGUAUAAUAUUAAUUUAUUUUUCAACAGGAUGAACAAUCAGAUUUACAACAUAUAAGACUUUGCAAAGGGACAUUCUUGAGUAUCGCUUAUGCUGCUAAUAUUGGUGGGACAGGCACGUUGACAGGGACUGGACCAAAUUUGAUUUUAAGUGGACAAGCAGACGAGUAAGUGUCAGAGUCUGGUCAAGUAUUAACCUACAGUAUUAAGGUUCAAUAUUUUCCCCCUGAGGGGGGAAUGGUCUAAACUGAGCAAAAACUACACGUGUAAAACCGCGCAAGUUGUUAGAGAUCUGCAAACAAGUCGGAACAAGGUUGUUGUGAAGCCGAUAUCAGGAUGUGUUCGCACUGCUUGUUCCCAGUUGUUGUGACAAGUCUGGAACAAGUUGUCAUCACCUUGUUACAAAGUUGAUGACGGUAACAGACUUGCUACAAGUUGUUCCAACAAGACUAAUACAGGCUGUUCGUAACAAGUUGCUACGAGCUUGUUGUCAUCAACUUGUUAACAACUUGUUACGUGCAGACGAUAUCAGACUUGUUGGGACAACUUGUUGCGAGUCUGUUGGCCUCAUCAACCUUGUUACAACAUGAUAACAACUUGUUGCAGACUUGUCAACAACUGUUAGCUGGGCUCAGGCACUGUGGCUCAGCGAGUUUAAUGAAUUAAAAUAUUUAAUAACCCUUAUUGGACCUCUAGGAAGAACAGUUUAGAACUGAUAGAGCUAUAUCCAGUAUAAAUAAAGCUAGUUUAGUUUAGAUUUCCUCCUGUAGUAACACUGGAUCAAUAAGAGAUGAUCUUUAUUGGACCUCUAGGAAGAACAGUUUAGAACUGAUAGAGCUAUCCAGUAUAAAUAAAGUUAGUUCAGUUUAGGUUUCCUCCUGUAGUAAUACUGGAUCAAUAAGAGAUGAUCCUUACUGGACCUCUAGGAAGAACAGUUUAGAACUGAUAGAGCUAUAUCCAGUAUAAAUAAAGCUAGUUCAGUUUAGAUUUCCUCCUGUAGUAACACUGGAUCAAUAAGAGAUGAUCUUUAUUGGACCUCUAGGAAGAACAGUUUAGAACCGAUAGAGCUAUCCAGUAUAAAUAAAGUUAGUUCAGUUUAGGUUUCCUCCUGUAGUAACACUGGAUCAAUAAGAGAUGAUCCUUACUGGACCUCCAGGAAGAACAGUUUAGAACUGAUAGACUAUAUCCAGUAUAAAUAAAGCUAGUUUAGUUUAGAUUUCCUCCUGUAGUAACACUGGAUCAAUAAGGGAUGAUCCUUACUGGACCUCUAGGAAGAACAGCUUAGAACUGAUAGAGCUAUCCAGUAUAAAUAAAGUUAGUUCAGUUUAGGUUUCCUCCUGUAGUAAUACUGGAUCAAUAAGAGAUGAUCCUUACUGGACCUCUAGGAAGAACAGUUUAGAACUGAUAGAGCUAUAUCCAGUAUAAAUAAAGUUAGAUUAGUUUACUGUAGUAAUAACACUAGAUGAAUAAGAGAUGAUCCUUACUGGAGUUCCAGGCAGAAUAGUUUAGAACUGAUAAAUCCUAACGUUUUAUAUGUUUUUACAGAUUAUAUCCAGCCAGUGGUGGAAUCGGGUUCGCUAAUUGGUUUAUAUACGCUUUCCCAGAAAUGCUUCUACUGCUGUGUGUCGCCUGGGUUUGGAUACAAUGGAUGUACUUGGAAACUAGGUGAGGAAAAGACUUGACGUUCUUUAUUGUAAACAGUGCAAAAAAUGUCGACUUAAAAACUUUAGUGUAUACAUGAAAUAAUGCCCCAUAUAGUGACUUUUAAAAAUUGAUGAGAAAUUUGCUCAAUAUUUUUUAGUACAGUAAAUCUUUACUCAAACCAAUCAGUAAAUUUGAAUCUGAGUUUUGUUGUGAUAAAAUGUUCCUGCGAGUUUGUUAUUGUACUGUAAGAGCCUCUUGGGACGUCGGAAAUUUCAUAAUUUAUUUUCCGGCUUACGAAAAUGUUUCCUAAUUUUAUUUAUACUGGAUAGCUCUAACAGUUCUAAACUGUUCUUCCUAGAGGUUCAGUAAGGAUCAUCUCUUAUUGAUCCAGUGUUACUACAGGAGGAAACCUAAACUAAACUAACUUUAUUUAUACUGGAUAGUUCUAUUAGUUCUAAACUGUUCUUCCUAGAGGUCCAGUAAGGAUCAUCUCUUAUUGAUCCAGUGUAACUACAGAAGGAAACCUAAACUAACUUUAUUUAUACUGGAUAGUUCUAUUAGUUCUAAACUGUUCUUCCUAGAGGUCCAGUAAGGAUCAUCUCUUAUUGAUCCAGUGUUACUACAGGAGGAAACCUAAACUAAACUAACUUUAUUUAUACUGGAUAGUUCUAUUAGUUCUAAACUGUUCUUCCUAGAGGUCCAGUAAGGAUCAUCUCUUAUUGAUCCAGUGUUACUCCAGGAGGAAACUUAAACUAAAUUAACUUUAUUUAUACUGGAUAGCUCUAACAGUUCUAAACUGUUCUUCCUAGAGGUCCAGUAAGGGCCAUCUCUUAUUGAUCCAGUGUUACUCCGGGAGGAAACCUAAACUAAAUUAACUUUAUUUAUGCUGGAUAUAGCUCUAACAGUUCUAAACUGUUCUUCCUAGAGGUCCAGUAAGGGUCAUCUCUUAUUGAUCCAGUGUUACUCCAGGAGGAAAUCUAAACUAAAUUAACUUUAUUUAUACUGGAUAUAGCUCUACCAGUUCUAAACUGUUCUCCCUAGAGGUCCAGUAAGAAUCACCUCUUAUUGAUCCAGUGUUACUGCACGCGUAAAAAUCAUCAUGUUGAUGCAAGUUGUUCAAAACAGGAGCGAACAAUGUUGUGCUGCACCCCGUGAACAAUAUUGUUAACAAGUUGUUGAACCAUCAACAUUGUUGCAACUUGUUGACAAUCAUGGUAACAACUUAUGGUUGAACAAAUUGUUAACAAUAUUGUUCACGGGGUGCAGCACAACAUUGUUCACUCCUGUUUGAACAACGCCGAACAACCUGAUCAAUUUUUACCCGUGUACAGAAGGAGACCUAAACUAAACUAACUUUAUUUAUACUGGAUAGAUCAGUGCUAAACUGUUCUUUCUAGAGGUCCAGUAAGGAUCAUCUUUUAUUGAUCCAGUGUUACUACAAGAGGAAACCUAAACUAAACUAACUUUAUUUAUACUGGAUAGCUUUAUCAGUUCUAAACUGUUCUCUUUAGAGGUGUAGUGUGCCUUCCUACUAACACAUUUUUUCCUUGUUCCUAUGUAUAGGCUAAGGGAUUUAAUCAAUUUUAUUCGUCGCCGUCCAACUAAAAGCAAAAACAGCGAAGCAGUGGAUAAGGCCACAAGAGUUGUACAACAACAGUACGACUCGCUUGGACCAAUUUCGUAAGUACCAUGACUUUAUUAUCAUUCUUAAAUGCGUGACAAAGGUUUAUACUGACACUGACAUAUACAUAACAUGUUUCAAGACAACGAAUACGUGACUGGGUUGAGCAACAGAACUUUCGUCCCAAUGAAUACCUCAUCCCCUGUGUAAUGUACAUGUUAACGAACAUGGAAGGAAGGAAGGGAAGCGUAACCGCAAAAUGCUUUUCCUUGACGUGUUUCCUCUUGGCAAGUUUACCGUCUCGUGUGUAUAGUCAACACGAUUUCUUUGGCAAGUUUCCCUUCACAAAUUUACCUUCUCAUGUAAAGAUACGUAUCUUAUGUUACAUUUAAAAAUACGAAAUACUGCACUACACUCAAUUAUAUUCAAAAAAAUCGUGACCUUCAAAAACUCAUUCAUAAUUCAUGAGGAAAACGCAAAGAAAAAUCAUAAGCGUGUCGUAUCUUUAUAUGUGAUAGAGAUUUCCCUUGAUUUACAUAAACUUUAACUUUGAUUUUCUCGACUAACACAACGUAUUUUUUGAAAAUUACUUCGCCAAUGAACUUACUAGAUCGAUCGUUUUUGAAGCAAUUUAAAACAUUCGCAGUGCGUGUUUUAUCAGACCUAAAGAUACUCGACUUUGCCUGGUAUCUUUAUAUCUGAUAAGACACUGCUGCACAUGUUUUAAAUAGUACGCCUACUUUAAAAAUUAAUCUAUUUACAAAUAUGGUUUUAAAACGCCGCGAGUGUUAACUUUAGGAUAAAUGCAUCGUUUAUUGCAUAGAUUGAAAGAUAUGUCGUUUUUCUUUGGUAUAAUUUGUGUGAGAGGAUGAUCAUCAGACGCGGAUAUUUUGUUAAAAAUGUUUGUGUCCUGUUUUUGUAACAGAUCAUACACCCUGAUCAGGAAAGAAAUAUAACUAUGUUUCUAACGUCUAUCUAAAAAACGCUGAACAAUCUUAAGGUUCAGAAGCUCCAUAAGUAGAGAGCCAGUGCCAAAGAUCUUUACAAAUUAUCUAUUUCUGAUUGUACUGUAUUGUUCUCUUCUUAAUGUUCUUAAAACAUGCAAACAUUUGUUCGCUUCCAUUAAAGUGCGACUAACCGCUAAUAUCAUUUUUGGUAUGUGUAAUAUUUGGGUCAUUCAAAGAAGAAAUGUAAUAUAUCUUAAUAAUAAAAAAUCCCAUCUUGAUCAACUUUUUCACCGUCAAAAGCUUCCGGAUAUGAUGUCAUUAGGUGAAUGGACCAUCAUUUGCAUUAUAGACUAAAUUUUGAGCUCAACAAGUCUAGACAAAAGUUUCAUCACAGCUUGAAAGAGCAUCAAAAAAUUAGUAAUAUUCCAAAGUUUCGUUGCGAAAUGUUGUAAAAUGCGGAUAAUAUAGCCUUGCGAAGUUUGCCGUUUUUCAGUCAUUUUGUAUUACAAACGGGAAAUUGACAGCCCCAAAGGGUAUUGGGCUGUCAAUUUCCCCCGCGUAAUGCAAAAUGACUGAAAAACGGCAAACUUCGCAAGGCUAUAUUAUCCGCAUUUUAUAUACAACAUUUCGCAACGAAACUUUGGAAUAUUACUAAUUUUGUGAUGCUCUUUCAAGCUGUGAUGAAACUUUUGUCUAGACUUGUUUAGAUAAAAAUUUAGUCCAUGAUGCAAAUGGUCCAUUGCAAAUUAGUUUUCCUUUGUUUUUUUUUGUACCAAAAAUUCACCUAAUGACAUCAUAUCUGAAACAUUGACUGUGAAAAAGUUGAUCAAGAUAAAUUUUUUUACUAUAAAGAUACAUUACAUUUCUUCUCAGAAUGAUCCGAAUAUUACACAUAGCAAAAAUUACAUUAGUUAGGGGUUAGUCGUACUUUAACUUACUCGUUGAACUUCAAAUCGUUCUGGAACGUAACAUCUAAUAAUAGUAAAUCAUUACAUUGAGGGAAUCGUUAAUCUUUAAGUAAUUGUCAUCGUUAUUUUUCAUUCUUUUCUUUCACAAUGUUUGGAACAGUGUAUUCUUCAAAGAAUGUAGAUUUUGAAUGAACAAGGAAAUAUUUCUCCGUGACCAACAGCUUUUUUUUUGUUCGUGUACAAAAUGGGAUGUGAUUUUAUCUUUGCUUCCUCAAUAUUCUAAGUACUAUUGUCUCAUUACGCAAGCUAUACGUUUUUCCUUACAUAGGGAAGCUAUUUGAUGGACCAGCUUCCUUAUUUUAUAAUUUAAACAUGCUUGUUUGUACGUCAUGGUUUUGUCAAAAGCGACAUUGUCAUGUCCGGAGCGGAGAUGAGAGUCACGCGAGCUUCGUUAGCUGUUCUUAAUGCUUUCCCAACUAGUACUACCAUGUAUUCUGUUGAAGUUAAAACAUAGUUAGAACACUCAUCGAACCUUUAUUUUGUCAAGCUAGAGUUUGAAAUGUCCCCUGGAACAAUGCGUGAUAACUUUCAUAACUCUCAUCAAAAAGACAUCCUUGCACGACUCGAUCAAAUGUCUUAUAUAUACUUUUUGCGAACUUUCUACUGGUAUUGAUUAUUUUUGUUAAAAUUGAACUUGAAUUUUUUGCAUUUUUGUCAACAUAGUACGUUAAUAUAUAGGCGGCAAUAUUUUAGAAUUCUCAAAUCUUCUGCAAAUCCGGUAUGCUCAAGAGCACGCCCAUACAUAAAAUCCAGUAUACUCACGAGCCCGUGCUCAUAUACACACCAAAAUCCGGUAUGUUCACGAGGACGCCCCCGUGCAUAAAGUGCAGUAUUCUUGGGUUCCUAUGACGUCACAAAAGUGACGGGGGGUCAACUCUAAAACAAAACACAGUUAUCAGAGUGUGACGAUUGUUCGUUUUAUGUAUUAGCCUUGUGUUUGGUGGCAAAUACGUGGAAUUUCGUAUCAUUUUCUCACUCCAGUACAGCAUAAGCAUCAAUACAUUUGAGGUUGAUCCCCCGCCUUCAGAUUCACUGCAUAAUGCCUUAGUGAAACUCAAGAGUACUCACGAGCGCGCUCAUAUAUGUAAAAUCCAGUAAUAUAAGUUAUAUAUUUAUAAUUUUUCUUAGAUUUGCGGAAAUAGCGGUGCUUGUUCAUUUUGUUAUUAUGGCAUUACUGUGGCUGUUCAGAGAUCCUAAAUUCAUCAAGGGAUGGUCUAUACUUUUUACAAAAGGGUAAGAUUUAUACCAUGUUAUCUGAAAUGUAGUCUGAGAAAAUUGAGCGCCAUUGUUAAAUAUCUCAAAAACAAAGCAAGUAAGACAGUUUGGCAAAACAUCUCAUUGGUCAAUGCAAUCAUAAAAAAAUGGUGUGAAAUAUCUCACUGUGAAAAUAAUAAAUCACCAUGCAAAUAAGGGACUAUGGUCAUAAAGUAACUGCUAGGGUGGGCUGGAGGUAAAUCACAAAUUUUGCCAAUAAGUUCGGUGACCCAUCUUAGGAUGUAGAUAAAAAUUUAAAAGCCCAUCUAAUCUUACAAAAAAAUUUUCAUGACCCACCCAAUCUAAAUUGGGAAAAUACACUUUUAUAAUAAAAAAAACUUGCAGGUAUGAACAUUGUAAAUAUACACGGCACUGUACUGACAUACAUGUACAUAAUUCCACCAAGCUUGACCAACACAUUGAUACUGAGCCGCUCUCCAGUUGGUUGUAUUUGCUGUGAUUCGACCACUUGUUGUUGUAGCAUCAUUUGCAUUUGAUAAUUUGGAUAGUUUUGUUUACUUUUAUUUACUUUUAUUAUUAAUAUCUUUAUUUUUUGAAGUAGGCAUGCAUGGGGUUUUGUUUGGUGGCCCAACCGUCGACAUACAAAAAAAUUGGUGGCCCAUCGAAACUGCCCAAAGAUUUUCCAUGGCCCAUCAAAAAUCACUCCUUGCAGUUACUUUAUGACCGGUCCCUAAAGUGACCACAAUUUAUUUUAAUUUCUCCCUCAUAUUUUAGAUAUGUUCGCGAUGGAACAGUCGGCAUUCUAGUCGCGUUUUCUUUGUUUAAUUUUCCUUCCCGGAAACCGAAAAUAUUUUCAAGAAUAUUUUCAAAGGGCAACGAAUACGAUAUCGAAGGUGAGGUCACUUACAUGGGAACCUAGAACAGUAAAAUACGUAACUAGAACAAUAAAAGACCUGAGAACCUAGAAUGAUAAAAGAUGUUUGUGAUGUUACCCUGAGUGUAUAUCCACACCGGGCAAGCUUGAAAAAUAUGCCUGGCCACGGUGGUGAAAUACUAGCCCAAUGCUCUGCCAACUGAGCUACGCGGUCAGGUCGGUUCGAGUGAGCGAUAUUUCGGAACUGAGCCUCGUUCCUUCGAUAUCGAUGUAAUCUAGUAAUCAUGAAUUUGUGUUGGUGUAAUGUACUCAGGUGAAUAAGAUGCUUGUGAUGUUACUCUGAGUGUAUAUCCACACCGGGCAAGCUUGAAAAAUAUGCCUGACCACGGUGGGAAUCGAACCUACGACCUUUGGAAUACUAGUCCAAUGCUCUGCCAACUGAGCUACGCGGUCAGGUCGGUUCGACUAUGUGAUAUUUCGGAACUGAGUCUAGUUCCUUCGAUAUCAAUGUAAUCUAAUAAUAAUGAUCAAUGCCUAUUGCCAAGUUAUCACUUUUCUGAUAAUUCAUACACUACAAAAGCGCUCUCGUAUUUUUAGGUAACCACGAACCUGCGGCCCUGCAAUUCCGGUGCAGCGCUCUAACCAAACGAGCUACAGAGGCCAGUUGACGAGCAAAUCCUGUAUUGCACGUUGUUUUAUUUUCUCUUUAGAAACCGGCCGAAGUGAUGGACUUUCAGAGACAUUGCUUAACUGGCCGACAGUUUCACAAAAAUUUGCUUGGAAUAUUGUCUUUUUGCUGGGAGCUGGUUUUGCGAUGGCCAAAGCUGCUAAGGUAUAUAUGAGAUAUAUUUAACCCUCGAAGCUUUUAGUAACAGAUUAUAUAGGUCAUGCUUAUCUAUUAGUCUAUACUGGGUAGCUUUAUCAGUUCUAAACUAUUCCAUCUAGAGGUUCAGUAAGGAUCAUCUCUUAUUGAUCCAAUGUUGCUACAGGAGGAAACCUAUAAACUAAACUAACUUUAUUUAUACUGGAUGGCUCUAUCAGUUCUAAACUGGUCUUCCUAGAGGCCCAAUAAGGAUCAUCUCUUAUUGAUCCAGUGUGACUACAGGAGGAAACCUAAACUAAACUAAUUUUAUUUAUACUAGAUAGCUCUACCAGUUCUAAACUAUUCCCCCAGAAGCCCAGCAAAGAUCAUCUCGCAUCGGAAACUGAAACUAACUUUAUUUAUACUGAAUAGUUCUACAAGCUGAAACACACACUUCUCAAAUGCGAUUGAAGUAAAACGACACCAAUACCCAAUCAAUAAACACCAUAAUUGUCGGUUUGUGUGGUAAAACGUACCAUUGUUUUUAUUAAAAUGGUUCAUUCUUUAUAUAGGAAUCAGGUUUAUCCUUGUGGCUGGGACAACAACUCGCUAAACUGGACAGUGUGCCUACGUUUGUCAUCGUGUUGAUAACCGCGGCAAUGUUGUGUGCUUUCACUGAGGUCACAUCUAAUACUGCCACUGCGACAAUCUUUCUGCCAAUACUUGGAACGUUGGUACGUCAACUGGGCUAGUCCAUUUAAUAAUAUUCGUACCUCCACCCCUGUCAAGGAUACAUGUUUUACAUAGUUAUACCCCUGAAGAAUUCCAAGCUCAAAACCCUUUACCCCUGAAGAAUUCCAAGCCCUGAAAAUUUUCAAUCUCAAAACCCUUUACCCUUGAAGAAUUCCAAGCUCAAAACUUUUUACCCCUGAAGAAUUCCAAGCUCAAAACUCCUUCCCCCUGAAGAAUUCCAAGCUCAAAACCCUUUACCCCUGAAGAACUCCAAGCCCCGAAAAUUUCAAUCUCAAAAUCCUUUAUCCUUGAAGAAUUCCAAGCUCAAAACUUUUUACCCCUGAAGAAUUCCAAGCUCAAAACUCCUUCCCCCUGAAGAAUUCCAAGCUCAAAACCCUUUACCCCUGAAGAACUCCAAGCCCCGAAAAUUUCAAUCUCAAAAUCCUUUAUCCUUGAAGAAUUCCAAGCUCAAAACUUUUUACCCCUGAAGAAUUCCAAGCUCAAAACUCCUUCCCCCUGAAGAAUUCCAAGCUCAAAACCCUUUACCCCUGAAGAACUCCACGCCCCGAAAAUUUCAAUCUCAAAAUCCUUUAUCCUUGAAGAAUUCCAAGCUCAAAACUUUUUACCCCUGAAGAAUUCCAAGCUCAAAAUCCUUUACCCCUGAAGAAUUCCAAGCCCUGGAAAAUUUUAAUCUCAAAACCCUUUACCCUUGAAGAAUUCCAAGAUCAAAACUUUUUACCCCUGAAGAAUUACAAGCUCAAAACUCCUUCCCCCUGAAGAAUUCCAAGCUCAAAAUUCCUUACCCCUGAAGAACUCCAAGCUCAAAACCCUUUACCCCUGAAGAAUUCCAAGCCUUGAAAAUUUUCAAUCUCAAAACCCGUUACCCUCGAAGAGUUCCAAGAGCAAAACUUUUUACCCCUGAAGAAUUACAAGCUCAAAACUCCUUCCCCCUGAAGAAUUCCAAGCUCAAAACCUUUUACCCCUGAAGAAUUCCAGGGAUCAGGGGGGGUACGGAUAUUAAAUGUAAUACUCAGACAGCAAACUAGCCAGUAAGAUAAUUAUUCAAUGAGGACUAGCAAACGUUUUACCAAGAAAAACGUUUCUCCCCCCCCCCCCCCCUGCCAUAAAUAAUGACGGUUCCCUAAUUUUCCAAUGAGGACUGACUCAAAAUUUAUGUAACUUCUGUUUAGGCAUCAAGUCUGCGAAUUCAUCCAUGGCGUCUGAUGGUCCCGGCUACAGUCGCCUGUUCGUUUGCGUUCAUGCUACCUGUCGCCACGCCUCCCAAUGCAAUUGUCUUUGCGUCUGGUUAUCUCAAAGUGACUGAUAUGGUAAGUUCAGGACUGGAUGAAAUGAUUACGAGAGUGCAUGAGAGUUUGUCACGUGAGCUUGGUUAGCUGUUCUUAAUGCUUUCCAUGCAAACUCUAUCAUGUAUUCUAUUGAAGUUAGGACAUAGUUGGAACACUCAUCAGAUAUUUUUGUCAAUCUAGAGCUUCAAAUGCCCCCGGUAUAAAAACGUGUCUGUCACUCACAACCUCUUUGACAGAGGCUUCGUUCAUUUCAUCUUAUUUCAAAUUCUGAAAAUUCCCAUUUCAAGGAAGACAAAUCGGUUACCGCAUGUGGUUUUAAUAAUUUCGUCGCAUAUGAGAAGUGCGUCUCCAGUUCCGAUCUACCAAACACCGUUUUGGGUUUCUUCCGAGUAUUCAUGCUUUUCGCUAGAGUAACACUGGAUCAAUAAGAGAUGAUCCUUACUGGACCUCUAGGAAGAACAGUUUAGAACUGAUAAAGCUAUCCAGUAUAAAUAAAGUUAGUUUAGUUGAGGUUUCCUCCUGUAGUAACACUGGAUCAAUAAGAGAUGACCCUUACUGGAUCUCUAGGAAGAACAGUUUAGAACUGAUAGAAUACUGAUAUAAAUAAAGUUAGUUUAGUUUAGGUUUCCUCCUGCAGUAACACUGGAUCAAUAAGAGAUGACCCUUACUGGACCUCUAGGAAGAACAGUUUAGAACUGAUAGAAUACUGAUAUAAAUAAAGUUAGUUUAGUUUAGGUUUCCUCCUGUAGUAACACUGGAUCGAUAAGAGAUGACUCUUACUGGACUUCUAGGAAGAACAGUUUAGAACUGAUAGAGCUAUCCAGUAUAAAUAAAGUUAGCAUAAUUUAGGUUUCCUCCUGUAGUAACACUGGAUCAAUAAGAGAUGAUCCUCACUGGACCUCUAGGAAGAACAGUUUAGAACUGAUAGAGCUAUCCAGUAUAAAUAAAGUUAGUUUAGUUUAGGUUUCCUCCUGUAGUAACACUGGAUCAAUAAGAGUUUAGAACUGAUAGAGCUAUCCAGUUUAAAUAAAUCUUUGCUUAGUUUAAAAUCAAAAUACAAUUUUAUUUUUGUUUCCAGGCGAAAACAGGGCUAUUUAUGAACAUUGUAAGUGUGGCUGUUUUAAUGCUUUGGUUGUAUACCUAUGGCACUUGGUACUUCGACCUUGACACUUUUCCAAGCUGGGCCGAAAUUGCUGCUACGAACAAGACUGUUGUAGAUUGUAUUACAAGAAACAACACGAUGUAAUUACAAGCAUUGUCUUAAGCCAGACAUUAUUUUUGUAUGAUGAUUAUUCAAUGAACAAUCCCAAAUCGUCAUAGAUUUUGGUGAUAGAUCUCCGGUAUAAGGAUACACGAUUUUUGUCGCGGUUUUCUAAGCUCUAGAAGACUCUGGUUAAAUUUCAUUUUAAAUCAUUUUUAUCAGUCAAACAAAAUCUUCAGUGUUAGGGAGCACAAACCGGUCCUGUCUUUAAGAGUAUAGACAGUUGGAAAUUGUAUUCACCAUUCGUUAAUUUACACUUAAUUUACUUCGUCAAGUUGUAAAAAUAUAUACUAAAUAAUUUCUUAAUAUAUAUUAAGAUAAAUGUUAAUGUUCGCACGCAUUAAUACACUUGUACUUCUGGAUCAGAAAAACAGAAAUGUAGACAUUUGUAAGGUGUAAAACUUAUAGGCCUAAUAGUUAAUGUCAUAGUAAUAGUAAUAGUUAUGUAAUACUAGACAAGCUUGAAGUUGGUAUAUGAGUAGUAAAAGUUGUUCUCAUUGACAAGCUUUAUUACUCAGAAAACAUUUCUGAGCGCGACCUCUUAGCAAGUAUAGGAAGCAGUCAUAACAUUUAGAAACUAUGAUGUCGAGGGUUCGAUCCCCACUCGGGGACUCAGAAAUAUUUUCUGAAUAAUAAAGCUUGAGAACAACUUUUACUAUUACUUUCGUACCAUGUGACACUCAUCAGAUAAAUUAGCCUAUAAUGGCUAUAAGACUAUAAUUGAUCUGAUGACAUGCCACAUCUUGAGGUACGAAACUAAUAGCAAUAGAGAUGCCUAGUGAAAUUUAUUGAGUCGAUAUAUAUAUAUAUAUAUAUACUAGUUCAUAAUAUGUUAAAUAGAUGGGUUUCAUUUAGUUGGACAGUAUACCUAUAGCACUUUUUCUUCGCAUUCAUAAAUGCAUGAUUGGAUUUUGGUGGAAGAUUUUGCGGAGGUUCAGCGAUGAACUCGCUUUAAAUUAGAAAAUAUAAUUGAGAAAGUGCAAGUCCUUUCAUUACUUUACUCUACACGGAAGACAAAAUAUGCUAGUACAAAAAUUAUUUAAUGAGAGUUCUAUUGUGGCUAUAAAGUGAAACACAAAUAAUGAAUUUAAAAUAUUCUUUUAAAUAAGAUAAUCUUAAUUUUUAUUGCUAUUUCCAUCUAAGAGGAACCUAUCUAUUUAUAGUCUAAUGUUUGCAAGUAUCAUCCCAAUUAUUUAUAAUUUUCAGUAUUUGUAUGGUGUAAAGAACGUUUUGGGGAAUAUAUGUUGUAUUUUUUUAUUGUAAAUUUCAUUGGAAUACAUUUCGCCAAGCUAUAAUAAAGUUUCAUAAAUAUUUUAAGAAUCAACACAGGUAUUAGCUAUCUGUUUGCUAUUUAAGGGACUGAAUUUGUAAAAAUAAUUAACUAAAUGUAGCACAAUAGUUCGUGCUUUUAGCAAUGCUAAAACGGAUGCCGCCAUUUUGAAAUUUUAUCCGCCAUUUUGAAUUUGUGCAAAAGCUGCGCAGAAAUCUCGAACAUACAAGUUAUGAUUUUGGCUAAGAACUUGUAUGUGAUAUAAAUACCAUGACCAGCCGACGAUUUAAAAAACAAAUUCCGAAAAAAAAACAAGACAUCUUGAGAAUACAAUAUAUGAUUCAAAACAAGAUGAAUAGCCUUUCUCUCGUUGACGAAUACCCGCCAUUUUUGGGUGGCAUCCAAUUUUCGUUAACCAAUGCAGACAAUCAAAACGAUGUGAAAAGCAAUUUUGCAAAAUAAACUAACCAUUUACAAAGCAAAUUUACCAUCAUUUGUCCAAAAAAUUACAAAAAGUCGCUGUUAUGUGGACUUAUCUCGCAGACUUCGGCUGAAAUUGCCACCCAAAAAUGGAGGCCUGAGAAAGGCUAUAAUUAUAUUUGAAACUAUACAGUCUCAAUCUCCGUCUUGUUUUGAAUUAUAUAUAUUGUAUUCUCAAGAUAUCUUGUCUUUUCGGAAUUUGUUUUUCACUAUACUUUAUACGUGUUGUAACUCUACAAUAUACUGUAUACAUAAACGGCGUGGAUAUUAAAAAGUGUCCCUUAACCAUAAUAAAUGGCAUAUCCUGUUCUUUGUCGAUCGCCAAUAGUAAGAAUUAAGUCCUAACAAAAGUUAUGAUUUUGAACUUAUUUGUUUAGUUUUGUAUAUGUGUGUAUGAGAACUGUGAUUUCAAAAAUAGAUACGUUUAUGCUCAAAAUUCAAGAUGGCGUUGAACCAGAAAUUUACUAAUAUCGUUGAAUAAUUUCUAUAUUAUCCAAUUUUACUUUCCAUCCAGAAAUAAACUGCCCAAAGGUUUGAAUGAAUCGGAAGGGACUCACUGAUGUGAUGUGGCAAAUUUUUGUACGUAGAACUGUUGAUGAGAGGGAUUCGCACAUCAGGUAACAAAAUCAAACUGUUGAGUGUUGGCUUACAACCAAUUCAUUUAUUCCUUCAAAAAACAGCGAAGAAUUUGAUAAUUUUGGCACAUUUUUUAUACAAGUCCGCUGUCUUGAAUUUCGAGAAAAACUCUUUAAACGUAUCUAUAUUUAUAAUCCUUACUUGAAAUCACAAUUUUUAUUCCCACAUAAACAAAACUAAACAAGUUCAAAAACAUAACUUUUGUUAGGACUUUCUUUACCAGAAGGUGACAAAGAACAGGAUAUUCCAUCUUUUAUCGUGGGGGGGGGGGGGGGCUUUUCAAUACCCACCCCUUGUAAAAAUUGAAUUCGUACUUGAUUUCAUUGAAGAUCAGGAAUUUCGUCGCUCGGUUUUCUUCUUUUUCCACGAAGAGUGUAACGGCUCCAGACUAUGAUUUGUAAGAUGGCGACAAUAGCAGGCAGAAAGCACAUGAUAUUAAACAUGACUGUUUUGAGGUCCUCUGUAGAUGUUUGGGAACCUAUGUAAACAGGAAAAAAAGUUUCAAUGAAACCUAAUUCCUCCAUGUAACAUACAAUUCCUCCAUGUAACAUACAAGAUCUAUCCAGGGCUGGACCCAGCAAGUGUGGUUUGGAGCCAUGGCCAAAUUUUUGAGAACGUC